CGUGUGUGACAUCAUAUUCACGCGCCGCGGCUACACACGCGCGACACCGGUUUCGUGCAGAUCCGUCUAUCAAGUGAAAAUUAAACUGUUCAAGAAUUCGACGAAAAAACGCGAUUAUUUGAUUAAUUAUUGUCUUGUAUCUAUUAUAUUUAGUGCAGUUUUCCGUUAGCGCUGUUGUAGUUUUAGUUUUGUGAUCCACGUGGGCUCAUUGACGACAUUUCGUGUGUAAUGUUACUGUAGUUAAUGACAGUUGAUUUGAAAACACAGCCUUUUCAGUUUGUAGGAUCUCAAUCAAGCCUAGACCACGAUGAAGUGUCACUAUGAGGUGCUGGGCGUUAAAAGAGACGCAUCGGACGACGACUUGAAAAAGGCAUAUAGGAAAUUAGCCUUGAAAUGGCAUCCUGAUAAGAACUUGGAUAAUGCCGAGGAGGCUGCAGAGGAGUUUAAACUUAUCCAGGCUGCGUAUGAGGUCCUGAGUGAUCCACAGGAGAGAGCCUGGUAUGAUAACCACCGAGAGGCGCUGCUGAAAGGGGGUGUGAGUGGAGAGUACCAGGAUGACAGCACCGAUCUCUUGCAGUUCUUCACCGUCACCUGCUACUCCGGUUACGGAGAUGACGAAAAGGGCUUUUACGCUGUAUACAGGAAUGUGUUUGAGACUAUCGUAAAGGAGGAGAUGGAGCACAGCAAAAAUGAGGAAGAGGAGGAGGACGACACGUUUCCCUCAUUUGGAGACUCUCAGAGUGACUAUGACACUGUGGUGCAUUUAUUCUAUGGCUACUGGCAGAGCUUCUGUACACGCAAAAACUUUGCAUGGAAAGAGGAGUAUGACACGCGACAAGCCUCCAACCGCUGGGAGAAGAGAGCCAUGGAGAAAGAGAACAAGAAAACCAGGGACAAGGCCAGGAAAGAGCACAGCGAGCUGGUGCGCCAACUAGUGGCCUUCGUGCGAAAGCGCGACAAGCGCGUUCAGGCUCACAAGAAGCUGGUGGAAGAGCAGAACGCAGAGAAGGCCAAAAAAGUUGAAGAACUGAGGAGAAAACAGAAGCUCCACCAGGCAAAACUGGCGGAGAACUAUAAGGAGCAGAGUUGGGCCGCCAUGUCGGAGCUGGAGAAAGAACUUCAGCAGAUGGAAGCACAGUACGGUCAAGAGUUCGGUGAUGCAUCAGAGAGUGAAGAGGACGAGGACGAGGUGGAAAAUGGGCAGGAGAGAGCAAAUGUGGACAGGGGAGAUGUGGUGCAGGCAGAUGGGGCCGCGGAAAUGAACGACUAUUAUGAUGACCUGUACUGCCCUGCCUGUGACAAAUCUUUCAAAUCCGAUAAAGCUAUGAAAAACCAUGAGAAGUCUAAGAAACACAGAGAGAUGGUGGCAUUGCUACGGCAACAACUGGAGGAGGAAGACAAGUCGCUGAGUCACAACUCUGCUGAGAGGGAGGAGGAAGAGGAGGAGGAGGAGGAUGAUGAACUCAAUGACACACCAAGACAAAAAUUAUCUAAAAGGCAGAAGAAGAAAAAACGGCAGCAGAAAAACGUAAAUAAUCUUCCAGAAGAUCCGGAGAUUGACAGCACAGUCCCACAGUCCACAGAAGAGUCUCCCGCAACUGCCCCUGACUCGGGCAACAACGAGGACGCCCCUGUCCCCUCUGAGGACCCAGAUGAGAAAUUAAAACCAGAGGAACGUGAACCCACAAACCAGAAAAGCUCUGCCAAGACAAAAGGGAAGAAAGGCGGAAAAGACUCUAAGAACAGCAAACCAAACGGUGUGGAAGUUACACAAGAGAAGGAAGUCAACCUGCGCUGUGUGACCUGUCAGUAUGAAUUCACCACCAGGAACAAACUUUUCGAUCACCUGAAGACCACGGGCCACGCCACCGCUCUCUCCUCCAGUAACACUGCCCAAACGAGCAAGAAAAAGAAGGAUGCCAGGAAGAACAGAUAACCGAGAGGCAGACUGAAGACUGUCCCUCUGAAUGUACAUUUGUCCAAGAAAACAAAACCUCUGCUGUUUUUUUUUUACAGUGCAGUUGUGCAACCAUCAGGAAGCGUGUGUAUUUCUGUCCCUAGAAUAAUGAAUUUGUGCCCCAUGGGCUGACAUUUCUUUUGUAACGCGCCAUAUGCCAAAAGAUUUCCCUAGAACUGCCAUUUAUUCCCACCAUCAUUGAGGUGUAAUCUGGUGCCUCAGCUCUUCUGUAGGCAAAUGAGACUUGGAUAUUUUUGUAGGCAGUGCAUGUUUCGUUUUGUUUUUAGAAGAUUAAAAACAAUGAUCUUGCUACUAAAGAAGGCACAUUUUAUGUCAGGUUUAGGUGCAUUUUCAUAUUCACCAUUCCAGACUGGUGACCUGUAAAAGACCACGUGAGGAAUAAACUUCACUGGAUGUUUUGAACUUG